AUGGCCUCGUCCCACGACCUCACCGCCAUGCUCCUCUUGCUCUUCUCCAUCCUCUCCGGCGUGUUGACGCCGCUGCAAGUCCAGGCGCAGCAGCCCUACGGCAGCCAGAUCGCGGACUGCACUAACCAGCACAACUCCUCCGGCCUGCUCGGCUACUUCUGCGGCGCCGGCAGCGCGCCGUCGUGCCCGACCUUCCUCACCUUCACCGCGCGGGCGCCGCGCUCCAGCCUGGCCUCCAUCGGGGCGCUCCUCGGCGCCGACCCCGCCACCGUCUUGGCGCCGCCCAACGAGCAGGCCGCCGCCGCUGGGGCGGAUGCGGACGCGCCGCUCCCGGCGGGGACCCGGGUGCUGGUCCCGGCGGCGUGCGCGUGCACGGCCACGCCGGGCGACGGGCGGUUCUACCAGCGGAACGCCAGCACGUACGUCGCGGCCUCCGGCGACACGCUGCUCAUCAUCGCCAACGACACGUUCCAGGGCCUGACGUCGUGCCAGGCGCUGGAGGCGCAGGCGCUCCGCGGCGCGCCGCCGCAGAGCCUUAAAGCCAGCCAGCCCUCGCCCCCGUUCCUCGUCACCUACCUCGUCGACGUGUCCGACGAGCUCGCCGCCGUGGCCGCGCGGUUCGGGGUCGACGCCGCGACCGUCGCGGAGGCCAACCAGCUGCAGCCGCCGUUCACCAUAUUCCCAUACACCACCCUGCUCAUCCCCGUCGCCGCGCAGCCGAACGUGUCGCGCAUCCAGACGCCGCCGCCGCCUCCCCCGCCUCCGCCGGUGGUUGCGCCUGCGCCGGGGAAGAAGAGCGGUAGCCGUGUCGGGGUCUACAUUGGCGUUGCCGUGGCGGUGGUUGCCGUCGCUACGAUUGCCUCUGCUGGAGCUUUCCUUGCCCUCAGGGCGAGGAGGAGGCGAGCCGGCGCCGUUCUAGCCGCCAGCGAAGUAGUGGCCAAGAAGGAAGGUAAGGCAGGCGACGACACGGCGGCGACGUCGUCGGGUUUCGGCGAGUUCUCCCUCUCCACCAGCGAGGCGUUCUCGAGCAUUUCCGUGACGGACAUCAAGUCGUCGCUGAAGGUGUACACCUACGCGGAGCUCAAGGCGGCCACCGACGACUUCAGCCCGGACCGCUGCAUCGGCGGGUCGGUGUACCGCGCGGCGUUCAACGGCGACGCGGCGGCCGUCGAGGUGGUCGACCGGAACGUGUCAACGGAGGUGGAUCUGAUGCGGAAGAUCAACCACCUGAACCUGAUCCGCCUCAUCGGCCUGUGCCACCACCGCGGGCGGUGGUACCUCGUCACCGAGUACGCCGAGCACGGCGCGCUCCGGGACCGCCUGCUCGCUGCCGCCACGGGCGCUGCAGCGCCGCUGACGUGGGCGCAGCGGGUGCAGGUGGCGUUGGACGUCGCCGAGGGGCUCAGGUACCUGCACGAGUACGCGCGCCCGCCGUGGGUGCACAUGGACGUCAGCAGCGGCAGCGUCCUCCUGGCCGGCGACGGGCCCCGCGCCAAGCUCCGGGGCUUCGGCGCCGCGAGGGCCAUCACGGGCGCCACCGCCGGGGCCGAUGGGGAAGAGGAGGCGCUGUUCACGAUGACAAGCCGCAUCGCGGGGACGCGCGGGUACAUCGCGCCGGAGUACCUGGAGCACGGCGUGGUGUCGCCCAAGGCGGACGUGUACUCGCUCGGCGUCGUGCUCCUGGAGCUCGUCACGGGCAGGGACGCCGAGGAGCUGGUGGGCGACGGCGUGGGCGACCCGUUCGUCGCGCUGCGCGAGCUCGUCGAGGAGCUCGACGGCGGCGGCGGCGCCGUGCUGCAGCGGCUGGAGGAGCUCGUGGACCCGGUGCUGCCGGCGGGGAGCUGCCCGCAGGACGCCGUGGUCAUGGUGGUCAGGCUCAUCGAGAGGUGCGUCAGGCAAGACCCGGCGCGCCGACCCACGACCGGGGCGGUGGCGCAGCGCCUCCUCAAGCUGUCGGGGGUCUCGGUGCUCAGCUGGCGGAACUCGCCGGAGUCGCCGCCCCGCAGCUCCGGCAGUGGAAAAGGCCUCAUGUACUAG